GCAGCUACACCAAAAUGGACAUCAAGAAUUCAUUCAACGUGACUAACGGAUCGAUUGCCGUUUUUAUUCUAGCAGUUACAUUUGUUUUGAAACUGGUUAUUGACAGCCGCCAGGCGCGUCUAUCUCAGAUCCCAGGCCCAUGGCUCGCUCGCUAUACAGACCUGUACGCUGUCUAUCUAGCCUGGCGUACUGGUCGGUCUUCACCAAAGGAAAGCAUUAUGAACGACCUACGAGACAAGUACGGUGAUGUGGUACGCCUUGGUCCUCGCUCGGUCACCGUAUUUGAUCCUUCGGCGGUACCUGUUAUCUACGGUGUCCGAUCAAGAAAGCCUUUCCGCCAAUCCGGAGUAACAACAAGUUUACUCAGUAUUCAGGACGAGGCGCUCCACUCGCGGUACCGACGUCUGGUAUCGAAUGCCUACUCCUUGACAUCAUUGAAGGCUUACGAACCGUAUGUCGAUGAGCUUAUUGCAAAGUUCGUCGAGAUUUGCAAUAGUCACAUUGAGGAGAAGAAGGCGCUGGACCUGAAUCGCUGAUGAUAUGAACAGACUGCUUCGAUGUUGUGGCCAAGCUAUCACUGGGAAAACCCCUCGGGUUCCUGGACGGGUACGACACCUAUGGGCUGUAUGAGAAGAUCAAGCGAUUCGGCGCAUACGUUGCCAUCAUCUCUCAGAUGCCCUGGAUACAGAAGGUUGUCCAGGAAAACGUCGUGAUGAGACGUUCAAGGCCAUCUCCCUUCCUAAAAGUCGUCGCUAACGUCGUCACCGAGCAACUUCCCAUACGCAUCACCCGUGUGAGACACCCACUGUUAGUGUCUUGCCCGGGCCUACACCCACCCACUAACACCACUUCCUGC